GCAGGCUGCCAUGGGCACAUUGGAUGGCAUCAUUGACACAGUGUCUGCUGUUCAUCCCAUUGUGCCAUUGAUUGGUCUUUUGAAGUCUCAUGGGAAGCUUAUUCUAGUAGGUGCACCAGAAAAGCCACUUGAGCUCUCUGUGUUUCCUUUAAUCAUGGGAAGGAAGGUGUUGGCGGGUAGUGGAAUUGGAGGCAUGAAGGAGACACAGGAGAUGAUUGAUUUCGCCGCAAAACACAACAUAACGGCAGAGAUUGAAGUAAUUUCAAUGGAGUAUGUGAAUACAGCAAUGGAGCGUCUUGCUAAGAACGAUGUUAAAUACCGAUUUGUAAUCGAUGUUGGGAACACCUUGGCUGCUACCAAGUCUUGAAGACUAGGCAGGAGAAGAAUGAAGAUUCAUCAUCCAAUCCAAGUGCUUGGAGUUAUGCAUUGCACAGUUUGUUUCGUCUGUGUUUAAUUUGAUAUCUCAAAUAAGAA